GCGUCUGCCGAGAUUGGAGCAUCAGCCUCUGCAGAGAUUGGAGCUUCUGCUUCGGCUGAGAUUGGAGCAUCUGCUUCUGCCGAAUUCAGCGCAUCAGCGUCUGCUGAGAUUGGAGCAUCUGCAUCUGCCGAGGUCGGAGCAUCUGCGUCUGCCGAGGUCGGAGCAUCUGCAUCUGCCGAGAUCGGAGCUUCUGCUUCUGCUGAGAUUGGAGCAUCUGCAUCUGCCGAGAUAGGAGCUUCUGCGUCUGCCGAGAUUGGAGCAUCAGCCUCUGCGGAGAUUGGAGCUUCUGCUUCGGCCGAGGUUGGAGCAUCUGCAUCUGCCGAGAUCGGAGCUUCUGCUUCUGCCGAGGUAGGAGCAUCUGCGUCUGCCGAGAUCGGAGCUUCUGCUUCUGCGGAGAUUGGAGCAUCAGCGUCAGCUGAGGUCAGUGUAUCCGCGUCUGCCGAAUUCAGCGCAUCAGCGUCAGCUGAGAUUGAAGCAUCUGCUUCUGCGGAAAUCGGAGCAUCUGCUUCUGCCGAGAUUGAAGCAUCCGCUUCCGCCGAAAUCGGAGCGUCAGCUUCAGCUGAAAUAGGAGCAUCUGCGUCUGCCGAGAUCGGAGUAUCUGCUUCCGCUGAGGUUGGAGCAUCUGCAUCUGCUGAGAUUGGCGCUUCUGCUUCUGCCGAGAUAGGAGCAUCUGCAUCUGCCGAGAUCGGAGCAUCUGCUUCUGCGGAGAUUGGAGCAUCUGCUUCCGCCGAGAUUGAAGCAUCUGCUUCUGCCGAGAUCGGAGCUUCUGCUUCUGCCGAGAUUGGAGCAUCUGCUUCUGCCGAGAUCGGAGCUUCUGCGUCUGCCGAGAUUGGAGCAUCCGCUUCAGCCGAAAUCGGAGCGUCAGCUUCAGCAGAAAUAGGAGCAUCUGCGUCUGCCGAGAUUAGCGCUUCUGCUUCUGCCGAGAUAGGAGCAUCUGCAUCUGCCGAGAUCGGAGCAUCUGCUUCUGCGGAGAUUGGGGCAUCUGCUUCUGCCGAGAUUGGAGCAUCUGCAUCUGCCGAAAUCGGAGCUUCUGCUUCUGCCGAGAUUGGAGCAUCUGCCUCUGCCGAGAUAGGAGCUUCUGCGUCUGCCGAGAUUGGAGCAUCAGCCUCUGCGGAGAUUGGAGCUUCUGCUUCGGCUGAGAUCAGUGCAUCCGCGUCUGCCGAAAUCAGCGCAUCAGCGUCUGCAGAGAUUGAAGCUUCUGCUUCGGCUGAGAUUGGAGCAUCUGCUUCUGCCGAAUUCAGCGCAUCAGCGUCAGCUGAGGUCAGUGCUUCAGCGUCUGCUGAGAUUGGAGCAUCUGCAUCUGCCGAGGUCGGAGCAUCUGCAUCUGCCGAGAUCGGAGCUUCUGCUUCUGCCGAGAUUGGAGCAUCUGCGUCUGCCGAAAUAGGAGCUUCUGCGUCUGCCGAGAUUGGAGCAUCAGCCUCUGCGGAGAUUGGAGCUUCUGCUUCGGCUGAGAUCAGUGCAUCCGCGUCUGCCGAAAUCAGCGCAUCAGCGUCUGCAGAGAUUGAAGCUUCUGCUUCGGCUGAGAUUGGAGCAUCUGCUUCUGCCGAAUUCAGCGCAUCAGCGUCAGCUGAGGUCAGUGCUUCAGCCUCUGCGGAGAUUGGAGCAUCUGCAUCUGCCGAAGUCGGCGCAUCUGCAUCUGCCGAGAUCGGAGCAUCUGCGUCUGCCGAAAUCGGAGCAUCUGCGUCUGCAGAGACUGGAGCAUCUGCUUCGGCUGAGGUUGGAGCAUCUGCAUCUGCCGAAAUCGGAGCAUCUGCUUCUGCGGAGAUUGGAGCAUCUGCAUCUGCCGAGAUCGGAGCUUCUGCUUCGGCUGAGAUUAGUGCAUCCGCGUCUGCCGAAAUCAGCGCAUCAGCGUCUGCUGAGAUUGGAGCAUCUGCAUCUGCCGAAGUCGGAGCAUCUGCAUCUGCCGAGAUCGGAGCAUCUGCGUCUGCCGAAAUCGGAGCAUCUGCGUCUGCCGAGAUAGGAGCUUCUGCGUCUGCCGAGAUUGGAGCAUCUGCUUCAGCCGAAAUUGGAGCCUCUGCUUCUGCCGAGAUUGGAGCAUCUGCUUCUGCCGAGAUUGGAGCAUCAGCCUCUGCGGAGAUUGGAGCAUCUGCGUCUGCCGAGAUUGGAGCAUCAGCUUCUGCCGAGAUUGGAGCAUCUGCUUCUGCCGAGAUUGGAGCAUCUGCUUCUGCCGAGAUUGGAGCAUCUGCUUCUGCCGAGAUUGGAGCAUCAGCGUCUGCCGAGAUUGGAGCAUCUGCUUCAGCCGAAAUUGGAGCCUCUGCUUCAGCCGAAAUUGGAGCCUCUGCUUCAGCCGAAAUUGGAGCCUCUGCUUCAGCCGAAAUUGGAGCCUCUGCUUCUGCCGAGAUAGGAGCUUCUGCCUCUGCUGAGGUCGGAGCUUCUGCUUCUGCCGAGAUUGGAGCAUCUGCUUCUGCCGAGAUUGGAGCAUCAGCCUCUGCGGAGAUUGGAGCAUCUGCGUCUGCCGAGAUCGGUGCAUCUGCUUCUGCCGAAUUCAGCGCUUCUGCGUCUGCCGAGAUCGGAGCAUCUGCUUCUGCCGAAUUUAGCGCAUCUGCAUCUGCCGAGAUCGGAGCAUCUGCUUCUGCCGAGAUCGGAGCAUCUGCUUCUGCCGAGAUUGGAGCAUCUGCUUCUGCCGAGAUUGGAGCAUCUGCUUCUGUCGAGAUUGGAGCAUCAGCUUCUGCCGAGAUUGGAGCAUCUGCUUCUGCCGAGAUUGGAGCAUCUGCUUCUGCCGAGAUUGGAGCAUCUGCUUCUGCCGAGAUUGGAGCAUCAGCGUCUGCCGAGAUUGGAGCAUCUGCUUCAGCCGAAAUUGGAGCCUCUGCUUCAGCCGAAAUUGGAGCCUCUGCUUCAGCCGAAAUUGGAGCCUCUGCUUCAGCCGAAAUUGGAGCCUCUGCUUCUGCCGAGAUAGGAGCUUCUGCCUCUGCUGAGGUCGGAGCUUCUGCUUCUGCUGAAUUAGGAGCUUCAGCGUCUGCCGAGAUUGGAGCAUCUGCGUCUGCUGAGAUCAGUGCAUUUGCGUCUGCUGAAAUCAGUGCAUCUGCGUCUGCUGAGAUCAGUGCAUCUGCGUCUGCUGAAAUCAGUGCAUCUGCGUCUGCUGAGAUCAGUGCAUCCGCGUCUGCUGAGGUUAGUGCAUCCGCUUCUGCCGAAUUCAGCGCAUCAGCGUCUGCCGAGAUAGGAGCUUCUGCAUCUGCCGAGAUAGGAGCUUCUGCGUCUGCCGAGAUUGGAGCUUCUGCGUCUGCCGAGAUAGGAGCUUCUGCGUCUGCUGAGAUUGGAGCUUCUGCUUCGGCCGAGAUUGGAGCUUCUGCUUCGGCCGAGAUUGGAGCGUCUGCGUCUGCGGAAAUUGGAGCUUCUGCGUCUGCCGAGAUAGGAGCAUCUGCUUCCGCCGAAUUCGGCGCAUCUGCGUCUGCCGAGAUCGAAGCAUCUGCGUCUGCUGAGAUCAGUGCAUCUGCGUCGGCUGAGAUCAGUGCAUCUGCGUCUGCUGAGAUUAGUGCAUCUGCCUCUGCUGAGGUUAGUGCAUCCGCGUCUGCUGAGGUUAGUGCAUCCGCGUCUGCUGAGGUUAGUGCAUCCGCGUCUGCUGAGGUUAGUGCAUCCGCGUCUGCUGAGGUUAGUGCAUCCGCGUCUGCUGAGGUUAGUGCAUCCGCGUCUGCUGAGGUUAGUGCAUCCGCGUCUGCUGAGGUUAGUGCAUCAGCGUCUGCCGAGAUUGGAGCAUCUGCUUCUGCCGAGAUUGGAGCAUCUGCUUCUGCCGAGAUUGGAGCAUCUGCUUCUGCCGAGAUUGGAGCAUCAGCCUCUGCGGAGAUUGCAGCAUCUGCGUCUGCCGAGAUCGGUGCAUCUGCUUCUGCCGAAUUCAGCGCUUCUGCGUCUGCCGAGAUCGGAGCAUCUGCUUCUGCCGAAUUUAGCGCAUCUGCAUCUGCCGAGAUCGGAGCAUCUGCUUCUGCCGAGAUCGGAGCAUCUGCUUCUGCCGAGAUUGGAGCAUCUGCUUCUGCCGAGAUUGGAGCAUCUGCUUCUGUCGAGAUUGGAGCAUCAGCUUCUGCCGAGAUUGGAGCAUCUGCUUCUGCCGAGAUUGGAGCAUCUGCUUCUGUCGAGAUUGGAGCAUCAGCGUCUGCCGAGCUUGGAGCAUCUGCUUCUGCCGAGAUUGGAGCAUCUGCUUCUGCCGAGAUUGGAGCAUCUGCUUCUGCCGAGAUUGGGGCAUCUGCUUCUGCCGAAAUCAGCGCAUCUGCGUCUGCCGAAAUCAGCGCAUCUGCGUCUGCCGAAUUCAGCGCUUCUGCGUCUGCCGAGAUCGGAGCAUCUGCUUCGGCCGAAUUUAGCGCAUCUGCAUCUGCCGAGAUCGGAGCAUCUGCUUCUGCCGAGAUCGGAGCAUCUGCUUCUGCCGAGAUUGGAGCAUCUGCUUCUGCCGAGAUUGGAGCAUCAGCUUCUGCCGAGAUUGGAGCAUCUGCUUCUGCCGAGAUUGGAGCAUCUGCUUCUGCCGAGAUUGGAGCAUCAGCGUCUGCCGAGCUUGGAGCAUCUGCUUCUGCCGAGAUUGGAGCAUCUGCUUCUGCCGAGAUUGGAGCAUCUGCUUCUGCCGAGAUUGGAGCAUCUGCUUCUGCCGAGAUUGGGGCAUCUGCUUCUGCCGAAAUCAGCGCAUCUGCGUCUGCCGAAAUCAGCGCAUCUGCGUCUGCCGAAUUCAGCGCUUCUGCGUCUGCCGAGAUCGGAGCAUCUGCUUCUGCCGAAUUUAGCGCAUCUGCAUCUGCCGAGAUCGGAGCAUCUGCUUCUGCCGAGAUCGGAGCAUCUGCUUCUGCCGAGAUUGGAGCAUCUGCUUCUGCCGAGAUUGGAGCAUCUGCUUCUGCCGAGAUUGGAGCAUCAGCCUCUGCGGAGAUUGGAGCAUCUGCGUCUGCCGAGAUCGGUGCAUCUGCUUCUGCCGAAUUCAGCGCUUCUGCGUCUGCCGAGAUCGGAGCAUCUGCUUCUGCCGAAUUUAGCGCAUCUGCAUCUGCCGAGAUCGGAGCAUCUGCUUCUGCCGAGUUUGGAGCAUCUGCUUCUGCCGAGAUUGGAGCAUCAGCCUCUGCGGAGAUUGGAGCAUCUGCGUCUGCCGAGAUCGGAGCAUCUGCUUCUGCCGAAUUUAGCGCAUCUGCAUCUGCCGAGGUUGGAGCAUCUGCUUCUGCCGAGAUUGGAGCAUCUGCUUCUGCCGAGAUUGGAGCAUCAGCCUCUGCGGAGAUUGGAGCAUCUGCGUCUGCCGAGAUCGGUGCAUCUGCUUCUGCCGAAUUCAGCGCUUCUGCGUCUGCCGAGAUCGGAGCAUCUGCUUCUGCCGAAUUUAGCGCAUCUGCAUCUGCCGAGAUCGGAGCAUCUGCUUCCGCCGAGAUUGGAGCAUCUGCUUCUGCCGAGAUUGGAGCAUCAGCGUCUGCCGAGCUUGGAGCAUCUGCUUCUGCCGAGAUUGGAGCAUCUGCUUCUGCCGAGAUUGGGGCAUCUGCUUCUGCCGAAAUCAGCGCAUCUGCGUCUGCCGAAAUCAGCGCAUCUGCGUCUGCUGAAAUCAGCGCAUCUGCGUCUGCCGAGAUCGGAGCAUCUGCGUCUGCCGAGAUUGGCGCAUCUGCUUCUGCUGAAUUCAGCGCUUCUGCGUCUGCCGAGAUUGGAGCAUCUGCUUCUGCCGAACUCAGCGCAUCUGCGUCUGCCGAGAUUGGAGCAUCAGCGUCUGCUGAGAUCAGUGCAUCCGCGUCUGCUGAGGUCAGUGCAUCCGCGUCUGCAGAGGUCAGUGCAUCCGCGUCUGCUGAGGUCAGUGCAUCCGCGUCUGCUGAGGUCAGUGCAUCCGCGUCUGCUGAGGUCAGUGCAUCCGCGUCUGCUGAGGUCAGUGCAUCCGCGUCUGCUGAGGUCAGUGCAUCCGCGUCUGCUGAGGUCAGUGCAUCCGCGUCUGCUGAGGUCAGUGCAUCCGCGUCUGCUGAGGUCAGUGCAUCCGCGUCUGCUGAGCUCAGUGCAUCCGCGUCUGCUGAGCUCAGUGCAUCCGCGUCUGCUGAGCUCAGUGCAUCUGCGUCUGCCGAGAUUGGAGCAUCUGCGUCGGCCGAGGUUGGAGCAUCUGCUUCUGCCGAGAUUGGAGCGUCUGCUUCCGCCGAGAUUGGAGCAUCUGCUUCUGCCGAAAUCAGCGCAUCUGCGUCUGCCGAGUUCGGAGCAUCUGCUUCUGCCGAAUUCAGCGCAUCUGCGUCUGCCGAGAUUGGAGCAUCUGCGUCUGCCGAGCUUGGAGCAUCUGCUUCUGCCGAAUUCAGCGCAUCUGCGUCUGCCGAGAUUGGAGCAUCUGCGUCUGCCGAGAUUGGAGCAUCUGCGUCUGCUGAGAUUGGAGCAUCUGCUUCUGCCGAAAUCAGUGCAUCUGCGUCUGCCGAGAUCGGUGCAUCUGCUUCUGCCGAAUUCAGCGCUUCUGCGUCUGCCGAGAUCGGAGCAUCUGCUUCUGCCGAAUUUAGCGCAUCUGCAUCUGCCGAGAUCGGAGCAUCUGCUUCUGCCGAGAUCGGAGCAUCUGCUUCUGCCGAGAUUGGAGCAUCUGCUUCUGCCGAGAUUGGAGCAUCUGCUUCUGCCGAGAUUGGAGCAUCAGCGUCUGCCGAGCUUGGAGUAUCUGCUUCUGCCGAGAUUGGAGCAUCUGCUUCUGCCGAGAUUGGAGCAUCUGCUUCUGCCGAGAUUGGGGCAUCUGCUUCUGCCGAAAUCAGCGCAUCUGCGUCUGCCGAAAUCAGCGCAUCUGCGUCUGCCGAAAUCAGCGCAUCUGCGUCUGCCGAGAUCGGAGCAUCUGCGUCUGCCGAGGUUGGAGCAUCUGCUUCUGCCGAAUUCAGCGCAUCUGCGUCUGCCGAGAUUGGAGCAUCUGCGCCUGCCGAGAUUGGAGCAUCUGCGUCUGCCGAGCUUGGAGCAUCUGCUUCUGCCGAAUUCAGCGCUUCUGCGUCUGCCGAGAUUGGAGCAUCAGCAUCUGCUGAGAUCAGUGCAUCUGCGUCUGCCGAAAUUGGAGCAUCUGCGUCUGCCGAGAUUGGAGCAUCUGCGUCUGCUGAGAUCAGUGCAUCCGCGUCUGCUGAGGUCAGUGCAUCCGCGUCUGCUGAGGUCAGUGCAUCCGCGUCUGCUGAGGCCAGUGCAUCCGCGUCUGCUGAGGUUAGUGCAUCCGCGUCUGCUGAGGUCAGUGCAUCCGCAUCUGCUGAGCUCAGUGCAUCCGCGUCUGCUGAGGUCAGUGCAUCUGCGUCUGCCGAGAUUGGAGCAUCUGCGUCGGCCGAGGUUGGAGCAUCUGCGUCCGCUGAGAUCAGUGCAUCUGCGUCUGCCGAAUUAAGCGCAUCUGCGUCUGCCGAGAUUGGAGCAUCUGCUUCUGCCGAGCUUGGAGCAUCUGCUUCUGCCGAAUUCAGCGCUUCUGCGUCUGCCGAGAUUGGAGCAUCAGCGUCUGCUGAGAUCAGUGCAUCUGCGUCUGCCGAAAUUGGAGCAUCUGCGUCAGCCGAGAUUGGAGCAUCUGCGUCUGCUGAGAUCAGUGCAUCUGCGUCUGCUGAGAUCAGUGCAUCCGCUUCUGCUGAGGUCAGUGCAUCCGCAUCUGCCGAAUUAAGCGCAUCAGCGUCAGCUGAGAUUGGAGCAUCUGCUUCGGCCGAAUUCAGCGCAUCUGCGUCUGCCGAGAUUGGAGCAUCUGCGUCUGCCGAGCUUGGAGCAUCUGCUUCUGCCGAAUUCAGCGCUUCUGCGUCUGCCGAGAUUGGAGCAUCAGCGUCUGCUGAGAUCAGUGCAUCUGCGUCUGCCGAAAUUGGAGCAUCUGCGUCUGCGGAGAUUGGUGCAUCUGCGUCUGCUGAGAUCAGUGCAUCUGCGUCUGCUGAGGUCAGUGCAUCCGCGUCUGCUGAGGUUAGUGCAUCCGCGUCUGCCGAAUUAAGUGCAGCAGCGUCUGCUGAGAUUGAAGCAUCUGCUUCUGCGGAAAUCAGCGCAUCUGCGUCUGCCGAGCUUGGAGCAUCUGCUUCUGCUGAAUUCAGCGCUUCUGCGUCUGCCGAGAUUGGAGCAUCCGCGUCUGCUGAGAUUAGUGCAUCCGCGUCUGCUGAGGUCAGUGCAUCCGCGUCUGCUGAGGUCAGUGCAUCCGCGUCUGCAGAGGUCAGUGCAUCCGCAUCUGCCGAGCUUGGAGCAUCAGCUUCUGCUGAAUUCAGCGCUUCUGCGUCUGCCGAGAUUGGAGCAUCCGCGUCUGCUGAGAUUAGUGCAUCCGCGUCUGCUGAGGUCAGUGCAUCCGCAUCUGCCGAAUUAAGCGCAUCAGCGUCAGCUGAGUUUGGAGCAUCUGCUUCGGCCGAAUUCAGCGCAUCUGCGUCUGCCGAGAUUGGAGCAUCUGCGUCUGCUGAGAUCAGUGCAUCCGCGUCUGCUGAGGUUAGUGCAUCCGCGUCUGCCGAAUUAAGCGCAUCCGCGUCAGCAGAAUUAAGCGCAUCAGCGUCUGCCGAUAUCGGAGCAUCUGCUUCCGCCGAGCUUGGAGCAUCAGCUUCUGCUGAAUUCAGCGCUUCUGCGUCUGCCGAGAUUGAAGCAUCUGCGUCUGCUGAGAUCAGUGCAUCUGCGUCUGCCGAGAUCAGUGCAUCCGCGUCUGCUGAAGUCAGUGCAUCCGCUUCUGCUGAGGUCAGCGCAUCUGCGUCUGUCGAUAUUGGAGCAUCUGCGUCUGCUGAGAUCAGUGCAUCUGCGUCUGCUGAGGUCAGUGCAUCCGCGUCUGCUGAGGUCAGUGCAUCCGCGUCUGCUGAGGUCAGUGCAUCCGCAUCUGCUGAAUUAAGCGCAUCAGCGUCAGCUGAGAUUGGAGCAUCUGCUUCUGCGGAAAUCAGCGCAUCUGCGUCUGCCGAGCUUGGAGCAUCUGCUUCUGCUGAAUUCAGCGCUUCUGCGUCUGCCGAGAUUGGAGCAUCCGCGUCUGCUGAGAUUAGUGCAUCCGCGUCUGCUGAGGUCAGUGCAUCCGCGUCUGCUGAGGUCAGUGCAUCCGCGUCUGCAGAGGUCAGUGCAUCCGCAUCUGCCGAGCUUGUAGCAUCAGCUUCUGCUGAAUUCAGCGCUUCUGCGUCUGCCGAGAUUGGAGCAUCCGCGUCUGCUGAGAUUAGUGCAUCCGCGUCUGCUGAGGUCAGUGCAUCCGCAUCUGCCGAAUUAAGCGCAUCAGCGUCAGCUGAGUUUGGAGCAUCUGCUUCGGCCGAAUUCAGCGCAUCUGCGUCUGCCGAGAUUGGAGCAUCUGCGUCUGCUGAGAUCAGUGCAUCCGCGUCUGCUGAGGUUAGUGCAUCCGCGUCUGCCAAAUUAAGCGCAUCCGCGUCAGCAGAAUUAAGCGCAUCAGCGUCUGCCGAUAUCGGAGCAUCUGCUUCCGCCGAGCUUGGAGCAUCAGCUUCUGCUGAAUUCAGCGCUUCUGCGUCUGCCGAGAUUGAAGCAUCUGCGUCUGCUGAGAUCAGUGCAUCUGCGUCUGCCGAGAUCAGUGCAUCCGCGUCUGCUGAAGUCAGUGCAUCCGCUUCUGCUGAGGUCAGCGCAUCUGCGUCUGUCGAUAUUGGAGCAUCUGCGUCUGCUGAGAUCAGUGCAUCUGCGUCUGCUGAGGUCAGUGCAUCCGCGUCUGCUGAGGUCAGUGCAUCCGCGUCUGCUGAGGUCAGUGCAUCCGCAUCUGCUGAAUUAAGCGCAUCAGCGUCAGCUGAGAUUGGAGCAUCUGCUUCUGCGGAAAUCAGCGCAUCUGCGUCUGCCGAGAUUGGAGCAUCUGCUUCGGCCGAAUUCAGCGCAUCUGCGUCUGCCGAGAUUGGAGCAUCAGCGUCUGCUGAGAUCAGUGCAUCUGCGUCUGCCGAGAUUGGAGCAUCUGCGUCUGCUGAGAUCAGUGCAUCCGCGUCUGCUGAGGUCAGUGCAUCCGCAUCUGCCGAAUUAAGCGCAUCAGCGUCAGCUGAGAUUGGAGCAUCUGCUUCUGCGGAAAUCAGCGCAUCUGCGUCUGCCGAGAUUGGAGCAUCUGCUUCGGCCGAAUUCAGCGCAUCUGCGUCUGCCGAGAUUGGAGCAUCAGCGUCUGCUGAGAUCAGUGCAUCUGCGUCUGCCGAGAUUGGAGCAUCUGCGUCUGCUGAGAUCAGUGCAUCCGCGUCUGCUGAGGUCAGUGCAUCCGCAUCUGCCGAAUUAAGCGCAUCAGCGUCAGCUGAGAUUGGAGCAUCUGCUUCUGCGGAAAUCAGCGCUUCUGCGUCUGCCGAGAUUGGAGCAUCAGCGUCUGCUGAGAUCAGUGCAUCUGCGUCUGCUGAGGUCAGUGCAUCCGCGUCUGCUGAGGUCAGUGCAUCCGCAUCUGCCGAAUUAAGCGCAUCAGCGUCAGCUGAGAUUGGAGCAUCCGCAUCUGCCGAAUUAAGCGCAUCAGCGUCAGCUCAGAUUGGAGCAUCUGCUUCUGCGGAAAUCAGCGCAUCUGCGUCUGCCCAGAUCGGAGCAUCUGCUUCGGCCGAAUUCAGCGCUUCUGCGUCUGCCGAGAUUGGAGCAUCCGCGUCUGCUGAGAUCAGUGCAUCCGCGUCUGCUGAGGUCAGUGCAUCCGCGUCUGCUGAGGUCAGUGCAUCCGCGUCUGCUGAGGUCAGUGCAUCCGCGUCUGCAGAGGUCAGUGCAUCCGCAUCUGCCGAGCUUGGAGCAUCAGCUUCUGCCGAGAUUGGAGCAUCCGCGUCUGCUGAAAUCAGUGCAUCCGCGUCUGCUGAGGUCAGUGCAUCCGCGUCUGCUGAGGUCAGUGCAUCCGCAUCUGCCGAAUUAAGCGCAUCAGCGUCAGCUGAGAUUGGAGCAUCUGCUUCGGCCGAAUUCAGCGCAUCUGCGUCUGCCGAGAUUGGAGCAUCUGCGUCUGCUGAGAUCAGUGCAUCCGCUUCUGCUGAGGUUAGUGCAUCCGCGUCUGCCGAAUUAAGCGCAUCCGCGUCAGCAGAAUUAAGCGCAUCAGCGUCUGCCGAUAUCGGAGCAUCUGCUUCCGCCGAGGUUGGAGCAUCAGCUUCUGCUGAAUUCAGCGCUUCUGCGUCUGCCCAGAUCGGAGCAUCUGCUUCGGCCGAAUUAAGCGCUUCUGCGUCUGCCGAGAUUGGAGCAUCCGCGUCUGCUGAGAUCAGUGCAUCCGCGUCUGCUGAGGUCAGUGCAUCCGCGUCUGCUGAGGUCAGUGCAUCCGCAUCUGCCGAAUUAAGCGCAUCAGCGUCAGCUGAGAUUGGAGCAUCUGCUUCGGCCGAAUUCAGCGCAUCUGCUUCUGCCGAGAUUGGAGCAUCUGCGUCUGCUGAGAUCAGUGCAUCUGCGUCUGCCGAGAUCAGUGCAUCCGCGUCUGCUGAGGUUAGUGCAUCCGCGUCUGCCGAAUUAAGCGCAACCGCGUCAGCAGAAUUAAGCGCAUCAGCGUCUGCCGAGAUUGGAGCAUCUGCGUCUGCUGAGAUCAGUGCAUCCGCUUCUGCUGAGGUUAGUGCAUCCGCGUCUGCCGAAUUAAGCGCAUCCGCGUCAGCAGAAUUAAGCGCAUCAGCGUCUGCCGAUAUCGGAGCAUCUGCUUCCGCCGAGCUUGGAGCAUCAGCUUCUGCUGAAUUCAGCGCUUCUGCGUCUGCCGAGAUUGGAGCAUCCGCGUCUGCUGAGAUCAGUGCAUCCGCGUCUGCUGAGGUCAGUGCAUCCGCGUCUGCUGAGGUCAGUGCAUCCGCGUCUGCAGAGGUCAGUGCAUCCGCAUCUGCCGAGCUUGGAGCAUCAGCUUCUGCUGAAUUCAGCGCUUCUGCGUCUGCCGAGAUUGGAGCAUCCGCGUCUGCUGAGAUCAGUGCAUCUGCGUCUGCUGAGAUCAGUGCAUCCGCGUCUGCUGAGAUCAGUGCAUCCGCGUCUGCUGAGGUCAGUGCAUCCGCAUCUGCCGAAUUAAGCGCAUCAGCGUCAGCUGAGAUUGGAGCAUCUGCUUCAGCCGAAUUCAGCGCAUCUGCGUCUGCCGAGAUUGGAGCAUCUGCGUCUGCUGAGAUCAGUGCAUCUGCGUCUGCCGAGAUCAGUGCAUCCGCGUCUGCUGAGGUUAGUGCAUCCGCGUCUGCCGAAUUAAGCGCAACCGCGUCAGCAGAAUUAAGCGCAUCAGCUUCUGCCGAUAUCGGAGCAUCUGCUUCCGCCGAGCUUGGAGCAUCAGCUUCUGCUGAAUUCAGCGCUUCUGCGUCUACCGAGAUUGGAGCAUCCGUGUCUGCUGAGAUCAGUGCAUCCGCGUCUGCCGAGCUUGGAGCGUCUGCUUCAGCCGAAUUUAGUGCAUCAGCGUCUGCCGAGAUUGGAGCAUCUGCGUCUGCUGAGAUCAGUGCAUCUGCGUCUGCCGAGAUCAGUGCAUCCGCGUCUGCUGAGGUCAGUGCAUCAGCGUCUGCUGAGAUUGGAGCAUCUGCGUCGGCCGAGGUUGGAGCAUCUGCUUCUGCCGAAUUGAGCGCAUCUGCGUCUGCCGAGAUCGGAGCAUCUGCUUCUGCCGAAUUAGGAGCAUCUGCGUCUCUCGAGAUUGGAGCAUCUGCGUCUGCUGAGAUCAGUGCAUCUGCGUCUGCUGAGGUCAGUGCAUCCGCGUCUGCAGAGGUCAGUGCAUCCGCGUCUGCAGAGGUCAGUGCAUCCGCAUCUGCCGAAUUAAGCGCAUCAGCGUCAGCUGAGAUUGGAGCAUCCGCAUCUGCCGAAUUAAGCGCAUCAGCGUCAGCUGAGAUUGGAGCAUCUGCUUCUGCGGAAAUUAGCGCUUCUUCGUCUGCCGAGAUUGGAGCAUCAGCGUCUGCUGAGGUCAGUGCAUCCGCAUCUGCCGAAUUAAGCGCAUCUGCGUCAGCUGAGAUUGGAGCAUCCGCAUCUGCCGAAUUAAGCGCAAGUGCUGAAGUAUCUGCAUCAGCUGAAAUUAGCGCAAGUGCUGAAUUAUCUGCAUCAGCCGAUUUGAGCGCAAGUGCUAGUGCUGAAGUGUCAGGAUCUGCUGAAUUCAGCGCAAGUACUGAAGUUUCUGGAUCUGCUGAAAUAAGUGCAAGUGCUGAAGUAUCGGCAUCAGCUGAAAUCAGUGCAAGUACUGAAGUAUCUGCAUCAGCCGAUCUCAGCGCAAGUGCUGAAGUAUCUGCAUCAGCCGAUUUCAGCGCAAGUGCGAGUGCUGAAGUGUCAGGAUCUGCUGAAAUCAGUGCAAGUGCUGAAGUUUCAGGAUCAGCAGAAUUUAGUGCCAGUGCUGAAGUAUCCGCCUCAGCUGAAAUUAGCGCCAGUGCUGAAGUAUCAGGAUCCGCCGAGUUUAGUGCCAGUACUGAAAUCUCUGGUUCCGCUGAGUUAAGCGCAAGUGCCAAACUUUCUGGAUCUGCAGAGUUAAGUGCAAGUGCUGAAGUAUCGGGAUCAGCUGAAUUAAGUACCAGUGCUGAAGUUUCCGGAUCUGCUGAAUUCAGCGGAAGCGCUGAAGUUUCAGGAUCAGCUGAACUAAGUGCAAGUGCUAAAGUUUUAGGAUCUGCUGAGUUCAGCGCAAGUGCGGAUGUUUCAUCAUCUACUGAACUAAGUGCUAGUGCCGAACUGUCAGGAUCAGCCGAAAUUAGUGCAAGUGCAGAAUUGUCAGGAUCUGCUGAAAUCAGUGGCGGUGUCGAUGUUUCAGUUUCAGAUGAACUAAGUGCAAGAGCUGAAGUAUCCGGAUCUGCCGAUUUAAGUGGAAGCAAUGAAUUAUCAGAAUCUGCUGAAAUUAGUGGCAGCACGGAAAUUUCAGAAUCUACCGAGCGUAGUGGUAGCCGUCAAGUAUCAGGCUCAGCUGAGUUUAGUGCAAGUGGUGCAGUUUCAGGCUCAGGUGAUUUUGUUCCUUUAGGUAAACAUGGUAGACACUUUGGCAGACAUGGAUCCGUAUCGGAAGAAGUAUCUGGAUCUUUUGAGGGUAGAAGAAAGUCAUUUGAACCAUCUUUGUUAUCUCAUCACCACUAUCAGUCGGGACAAAAAUUGAAAGGAAAGCAUGAACUGCGACAUCAUGGACAUGAAAAGCACGACUAUUCUGAAGAACAUGCAUAUGCUGAUUUCAUCCCAGAAGUGUUAUCUAUAGAAGAAGCUGAUGACGUGUUUGCCGACUUAAAUGAUUUAGGAGCUGAACCUGAAUACGACUACAACUACUUCGGAGAUCUUGACAUAAACUUCGAGCUCGGAGACUUUGAUCUACCAGAAGAAGGUUACAACCCAUUUGAUAAUGGCCGAAGAGGCGGAGGAGGAUUCAAGAACUCGCCGUUCUAUUUAGGAUACUAAGAAAAUAGAGAACUAUUUGUACAGCAGACAGCAUUUCUUAACAUAAGUUCCACCCAGAAGUGUGAAAUACUUCAAAUGUACAAAAUAUUAAUGUUUUUCUUUAUGUUUAACAAAGACUCAUGUUUCGGAGUAAUUUCACCCAUCUCUGGUUCGAUGGAAAAAAUUCUUUCACGCUUGACAGUGAUGAUUGUAUAAUAAAAAGAAAAGAAGUACAAAAAAUGUUCAGCGAAAAAUUUCUUUAUGUUAUAUUUCUAUAUUGAGUGCUAUGCGAUAACAAAUAAAAUUUUACAUGCAGUAAUUUCAAUUGAUAUUCAUACACUUCUAUUGUAAAUUUUCUUCAACUAAAUAAAUGUUUUUAUAUACUUCG